AUGCUCCUCCUCACUGUCCUCAGCAACGUAGAGAUAGAGAGCAGGGCCUGUGGUCUAUUUGGUUCCAGGAGAAAUACAGCCAUGAGGUCAGCAACACCUUUUGCUCUAGAAUCUUUUUGUUUUUGUGCUGUUAUGAGGCUUCUCUCUGUUUCCAGGUUGAUUAUCCAUUCACAGGAAAAGGACCCAUCUGACCAGGAUAACAUUCCCAUCAACAGCCGUUUUAGAUGUGUGCAAGAGGCUGAAGAAACUCUGUUGAUUGAUAUAGCGACAAACAGUGGCUGCAAGAUCAGAAUACAGGGAGACUGCACACCAGAGCGCCUCUUUGAGAUCCCCGAUGAGGAACGCUGCCUGGGGUUCCUCACCGAAGUGCUGAAUGUACAAGAAGCCCAAUCGAAAGCGCCUCUUCCUGAGCACAGCGAGCCAGCCAGCUGGUAUCAGGUGGAGAAAAACCUCCCAGCUCCUCCUCAGUCAUCUGUUUCAGGGGUUCUAGGCUUUGAAGAUCAUUUCAAUGCCAUAAGUUUGGAGAAGAAAAGAAACUUACAAAACCAGCAAAUGGGAUCUCGCCGGGAGCCCCCGCCCCCUCCUCCUCCUCCGCAAAAUAGGCAGUUUCAUCGAGAGAGGGAAAGUGUGGCCAGAGACCAGCCAAAAGUAACCAACACCAUGCGCAAGCUGUUUGUGCCCAACACGCAGUCUGGGCAAAGAGAGGGUCUCAUCAAACACUUGCUUGCCAAAAGAGAGAAGGAAUACGUCAACAUUCAGAGCUUCAGGUUUUUUGUGGGAACGUGGAAUGUGAACGGCCAGUCUCCGGACAGUGGAUUGGAACCCUGGCUAGUCUGUGACUCAGACCCCCCAGAUGUCUACUGUAUUGGGUUCCAGGAGUUGGACCUCAGCACAGAGGCUUUUUUCUACUUUGACUCUGUGAAGGAGCAAGAAUGGCUGGCUGCUGUGGAGAAGGCCUUGCACCCCAAGGCGAAGUAUAAGAAAGUGCAGGUGGUCCGUCUGGUUGGGAUGAUGCUGGUUGUGUUUGCCAGGAAGGAUCAAUUGAGUUAUAUCACAGAUAUCAUGGCAGAGACUGUGGGGACUGGAAUAAUGGGGAAAAUGGGUAACAAGGGCGGUGUGGCCGUGAGGUUUGUAUUCCACAACACCACCUUCUGCAUCGUCAAUUCCCACCUCGCUGCUCACGUGGAGGACUUUGAGCGACGGAACCAGGAUUACAAGGAUAUCUGUGCCCGGUUAAGCUUCCUGCCCCCUGACCAGGGCCUGCCUCAGCUGAGCAUCAUGAAACACGAUGUUGUCAUCUGGCUGGGAGACCUAAACUACAGGUUGUGCCUCCCUGAUGCCAGUGAGGUGAAAACUCUGAUCAGUAAGAAUGAGCUUCAGAAGCUGUUGACGUAUGACCAGUUGAAUAUUCAGCGGACUCAUAAGAAAGCUUUUGCUGAUUUCACAGAGGGAGAAAUUAAAUUCAUCCCCACGUACAAAUUUGACUCUAAAACAGACCGCUGGGAUUCCAGCGGGAAGUGUCGUGUGCCAGCCUGGUGUGAUCGAAUCCUCUGGAGAGGGGGGAACAUUAAUCAGCUCCGGUACCGCAGUCACAUGGACCUGAAAACCAGCGACCACAAGCCAGUCAGCUCGUUGUUCCUUAUUGGGGUGAAGAUUGUGGAUGAGCAGAGGUACCGGAGGUUGUUUGAGGAUAUUGUUCGCAUGAUGGACAGAAUGGAGAAUGACUUCCUUCCUUCACUGGAGCUUAGCCGGAGAGAGUUUGUGUUUGAGAAGGUGAAGUUCCGGCAGCUACAGAAGGAGAAGUUCCAGAUCACCAACAACGGGCAGGUCACCUGUCACUUCUCCUUCAUCCCCAAACUCAAUGAUAGCCAGUACUGUAAACCAUGGCUUCGGGCCGAGCCCUGUGAGGGGUACCUGGAGCCGAAUGAGACUGUGGACAUCUCCCUGGAUGUGUAUGUCAGUAAGGACUCUGUGACCCUCCUAAACUCGUGUGAGGACAGAAUUGAGGAUAUCCUUGUCCUUCACCUGGACCGAGGCAAGGAUUACUUCCUCACCAUCAGUGGGAGCUACCUGCCCAGCUGCUUCGGCACCUCCCUGGAGGCUCUGUGCCGAAUGAGACGACCAAUCCGCGAAGUUCCUGUCACCAAACUUGUCGAUCUGGGAGAAGACAGCUUCCUAGAAAAGGAGAAAUCACUUUUGCAGAUGGGCCCCUCUGACAGCGAGAGACCCCUGCAGGUGCCCAAGGAGAUCUGGCUACUGGUGGACCACCUGUUCAAGCACGCUUGCCACCAGGAGGACCUGUUCCAGACGCCUGGCAUGCAGGACGAGCUGCAGCAGAUCAUCGACUGCCUGGACACCAGUAUCCCCGAGACAAUCCCGGGCAGCAACCACUCGGUGGCUGAGGCACUCCUCAUCUUCCUGGAGGCUCUGCCGGAGCCGGUCAUUUGUUAUGAGCUGUAUCAGCGAUCCCUGGACUGUUCCCAUGACAGUCGGCUGUGUCGACAGGUGAUUUCUCACCUGCCCCGGUGUCACCGCAACGUGUUCCGCUACCUAAUGGCUUUCCUGCGGGAGCUCCUGAAAUACUCGGAGGACAACAAUGUCAGUGCCAAUAUGAUUGCCACUCUGUUCACCAGCCUCCUUCUGCGACCUCCACCCAACUUGAUGUCAAAACAGACUCCACAAGACCGCCAGCGUGCCAUCAGCUUCCUCCUCGGCUUCCUGCUUGGGGGGGACGAGGAGUGA